AUGGCAGACGCAGUAGAGGAGAUUGAGAGAGAUGGCGGUAACCGCGCCGUCAAAGAUCUGUUUGCUGGUGCUGUUGGUGGUAUCGCACAAGUGUUGAUUGGUCAACCUUUCGACAUUGUUAAGGUUCGCCUGCAAACAACAACUCAAUAUUCGGGUGCAGCAGAUGCUGCAUCGAGCAUAUUGAAGAACGAGGGCGCAACUGCUUUCUACAAGGGCACAUUGACACCACUGAUCGGUAUCGGUGCAUGUAAUGCAGCAAAGAACGGUGGUCUCCUCGAGACACCCCAACCUCUGUCGUACGGCCAAUACUAUGCAGCUGGUGCCUUCGCCGGUAUCGCAAACACAUUAAUGUCCUCUCCCAUCGAACACAUCCGUAUUCGUCUGCAGACACAACCUCACGGAGCAGCACGCCUCUACAACGGACCUAUUGACUGCGUCAAGAAGCUUUGCGCCCAUGAAGGUGUGCUCAAAGGUCUCUACCGCGGUACAGGCGUAACUUGGCUCCGUGAAGCCCAGGCUUACGGUGUUUGGUUCACGGCUUUCGAAUUCAUGAUGAACCAAGAUGCCAAGCGCAACGGAUUGGGCCCUACUCUGCUGAGAGCUAUGCCCGUAUCCGCUGGAACCUUUGCUACUGUCGAGUUGACUAUGCGUCUCAUCAGCUAG